AUGUUCCUCUUUAACAAGUCCUCCUCGGCAAAUGUUCCCCCUCCUGCCGGCAGCCAACCUCUUCGGGGUCUCAAUCGCGCCAACGACCACACGUUUCAGGCACUCAAGGCAACCUACCUCGCCGAGUUUGACUUCCAGGGUGUCCAAGUGACGGCGACACCUCUCUUCUCCAGCGUCCUUCGCGGUCUCCAAACGCAACUCCCUGUACUCUUCGAGAUCAAGGUCGGCCAGAGGUCCAAUGUGGACACUGACUUGAGUCAGACUCCCUUCAACAUUUGCUUGGUCCUCGACAACUCCGGUUCCAUGAAUGGAGGCCGCCUCGAAGGAUGUAAGAAGGCUAUUAAUGCCAUCAUCCAACAACUCACUCCCAACGACACCCUCAGCCUCGUGACCUACAGUUCGACCGCCAAGACCGUCUUUGUCGAUUGUAAUCAUACCCACAAGAAACAUAUGCUCGACUCCGUCGCCAAUAUCAGGACUGAGGGAGCGACUAACCUUCAUGAUGGUCUGAAGGUCGGAGUCGAUUCCUUAAAACAGAGCAUCCAGAAAGAAUUGUCGGUGCAGCAACAACAGCAACAAGGGCAGGAAAAGUCCAAGAAGCCACAAGAGAAGGCCCAUCGCGUGUUCCUGUUUUCGGACGGGUUGGUAAAUGUGGGCAUCACCUCACCGGAAGCGAUUAUGUCCCAUGUCAAAAACUGGCUUAUCGGUACCGAUAUUUCGAUCUCAACCUUCGGGAUCGGAGAUGGCUACGACGAAAAGCUCAUGUCGGCCAUCGCUGAACAAGCCAACGGUGAUCCCUUCUUCAUUGAAACCGAGACCGAUAUCGAGGACCUAGUCUCCAAGGGCCUACGUGGAGUUUCCAAUAUGGUUGCCGCCGCUGCCACCUUGAAGAUUCGCGGUUUGGGUGACGCAGUCGUCAAGGAUAUCCCCGGAUAUGAUCUGACCGAAACACCCGGUCAAAUCACGGUCCGGAACUUGAGGGUCAACGGGCUCAUCCAGUUCGUAGUCAACCUUGACGUGCGAGUCCCCGGGCUUGAAGAUUUUUCCGAGAACGAUAUGGAGGAUGUGGAGGAUUUACGAAAGAUUCUUGGAUAUGCUCUCACUUUGGAAGGCGAGCUAAACUUUGUGGAUCCAGCCGAGUGCAAGGGAAUGAGCGGCACGGUGUCUGUCAACUACACAACCGACAGUUCCUUGGUUUCGGACGACAAGAAGAACAAUGACGUCGUCGCCUACCUGACUAUUCAAGAGGCAUCGAAGAUUGACGAGCAAGUUAUGGAUCAUCUGGCCAACAACAGGACCACCGAAGCAUUGCAGGCCAAAAAGAAGGUUAUCUCCAUGUAUAGCGCCAUUGCCCCGAUUGACCGCCGGGGAUUCGCCCAGGUGAUGCAGCAGCAGUCCGAGCGCUUGGUUCAAAAUCUGGAAUCCGGUGGUAACACCAGGUUUGCACAGAUGUCCGCUCAGCAGCAGCAGCAGCAAGGCACGCAUAGUGACAAGGGCUGGAGUAUCUACGAGUAA